GUAUGGUGAAGACCAAGGAUGGGAAGCGCAAGGCCACAGCGCAAGCUGAUGCCGGUGGGAAGAAGGCGAAAGCCGAAGAGGAAGAGGACGUGUCGUCCAUGCAGGCUGUGAAGAUGGCCAAAUCCAAGCUGUCUGCCCUGGAGAAGAAGGCCAAGGCAAAGCCGGCUGAUGACGAUGAUGACGACGAUGAUGAAGAGCUGCCGGCACCAAAGGCAAAAGCCAAGACUGCCAAGAAGAAGCCCGUGGUAGAGGAUGACGAUGACGAUGAUGAUGACGGCGAACCA